AUGCCAACCUACCUUGUUACUGGAGCGUCGCGUGGAAUAGGAUACGAGUUUGUCCGUCAAUUGUCCGAAGAUGCUGCAUCAACUAUCAUAGGUAUGGUCCGCGACAAAGACGCUACAGAGAAGAGAUUUGCAGAGGAAGUGGGCCGGUCGAACAUCCACAUCGUCAAGGGAGAUCUCCAGGAUCACAACUCAUUGAAGAACGCGUGCAGAGAGGUUGCGAGCAUAACCGGAGGCUCUCUCGAUUAUCUUAUCGCGAACGCAUCCUUCUUCCCUCCCAACACCGGCUUCGCGACUGUUGCUGAUCUAAUGGAAACCCCGGACCAAUAUCUGAGCGAUCUGGAGGAAACUUUCCAAGUCAACGUUGUGGGAAAUAUCCAACUGUUCAACACCUUCCUCCCCUUGAUUCUGAAAGGCGAAACCAAAAAGGUCAUCACCCUCGGAUCACUGAAUGGUGAUACAGACCUGACGGCCAAGUACAAUCUUGCCACGAUGGUUCCCUACUCGAUCAGCAAAGCCGCCUUAAACAUGGCGGUUGCAAAGUACAGCGCCGAGUAUCGCGAGAAAGGCGUGUUGUUCAUGAGCAUCGCGCCGGGUUCUACGGCGACCUUUGAGCCUAUGACCGAGAAACAACAAGCACGAUUGAUGGAGGACACCAAGAGGUUUAUGGCUCAUGCGCCGCAUUUUGCGGGACUAGCAUCGCCUGCCGAGUCGGUGGCGCUUGUCAGGAAGGUGAUGGAGAAGUGUAGCAUUGAGAACGGAGACGGAGGCACCUAUGUCUCCCAGUUCGGUAACAAGCAGUGGCAGUAA